AUGUCCACAACCCACCUAGCAUCUUGCCUGGUCACUUCCACCUGCACGGCCGGAAGGAAACGGUGGGGCAAUGGAUGUGGUGGUGGUGAUGGUAGCCGUGGACGCCACCGGCAGUGCUGGGAGCAGGCAGGCACCGGGGUGCUCAGGAGAGCAUGCACAUCCCACUUCACCAUCUCGUCUCCCGCCUGCCCUUCCAUGUCUUCUCUUUCCUUUCAGGCGCCGGGGAUGGUGGCGAACACGAGUAACUUCACCUGCCCGGCCUGCUCCAACCACGCCACCAUCGCGGGCCAUGGAACCCCCCACCACGCUGCUGCUCACCUGCCCGGCCUGCUCCAACCACGCUGCUGGAUCGGCUUCCUCGCAGAGGUGGAUGGGUUCAUGGCAAAGAUGGGUUGCUAG